CUGCUUCAAUGAUUUAGAAAAAAUAACCCUUACUUGUGGGCACUGUCAUUGUGGGAGGAUGCAUUAUUUACAAAUACUGUUCAACCACAUUAAAUUUUUUUUUUUUUUGAGAUAAAGUCUCACUAUGUCACCCUAGGUAGAGUGCAGUGGCAUCACAGCUCACAGCAACCUCAACCUCUUGGGCUUAAGCCAUUCUCUUGGCUCAGCCUCCCAAGUAGCUAGGACUACAGGUGCCUGCCACAAUGCCCAGCUAUUUUUUGUUGCAGUUGUCAUUGUUGUUUUAGCUGGCCCAGGCCAGUUUUGAACCCGCCAGCCUUCGUGUAUGUGGCUGGCUUUGUAACCACUGUGCUACGGGCACCAAGCCAAACAACCACAUUAAAUUUUAAGAGUGAACUUUUCAACAUUGUCCUAAUGUGGGGUUUUUCAAAUUAAGGAAAUUGGGACACUUUGUCCCUGUAGUCUGUGUUUCUGGGACACUGUACACUUGCUUGCUCCAUUCUUUAUCAGAGGUCUCAGACCAGCCUCUGAGAGCUGAGGAGACCCACUUAAUGUGUGGCAUCUAGAAAGUGCCACAAGCCUCGGAACUUGAGCUUAUCCCUCAUAGUGCUGAUGCUCGUGCUCAGGCACCUAUGCUAAAGCCAGAGGAAAGUUCCAGAAACCCUCGCUCCUUCCCAGCCUGUACCCUGGAGUCACAGCGCAUGUGGCACCCUGUUCUGGGGGCUUCAUGUCCUUGCCCAAGUUAUAUUCUCCCAGAACUGUGAUCUGGUUUUAUUUUUUUGGAGGCAGAGUCUCACUCUGUCACCCUGGGUCGAGUGCUGUGAUGUUCUAGCUCACAGUAACCUCAGACUCCUCGGUUCAAACGAUUCUCCUGCCUUAGCCUCCCAAGUAGCUAGGACUAUAGGUACCCACCACUAUGCCCGUCUACUUUUUCUAUUUUUAGUAGAGAUGGGUUCUGGAUGUUGCUUGGGCCGAUCUUGAACUCCUGAGCUCCGGUAAUCCACCCACCUCGGCUUCCCAAGGUGCUGGGAUUACAGUCACCUGCCAAGUAUGUCCUGGGCCUGGAGAGCAGAGCUAUGAGUCUUCCUGGGGCAGAAGAACCACACCUCUGACCAAAAAUUCCAUGCUCCCAGGCUGGGCUAUUCCUUGUUGAGCACCUGCGGGGUGGCUGAUGCUGCUGCUUUCCAAACAGCAGCUGCUGAGAUGAUGGCACAUCUUCCUGUGGACUUGUCUCCAGACCCAGAGUCCAUAGAGGAGGCGACACCAGAACUUCCAAAUGAACAACCGAAAGGAAGAUAUGGAGAUCGCAUCCCACUAUCGCCACCUGCUCCGUGAGCUGGAUGAGCAGAGGCAGCAUGGCGUGCUGUGUGAUGUCUGCGUCGUCGUGGAGGGCAAGGUCUUCCGGGCACACAAGAAUGUCCUGCUCGGCAGUAGCCGCUACUUUAAGACGCUGUACUGCCAGGUCCAGAAGACUUCCGACCAGGCCACUGUCACUCACCUGGACAUCGUCACAGCCCAGGGUUUCAAGGCCAUUAUCGACUUCAUGUACUCCGCCCACCUGGCCCUCACCAGCAGAAAUGUCAUCGAGGUGAUGUCUGCUGCCAGCUUUCUGCAGAUGACGGACAUCGUGCAGGCAUGCCACGACUUCAUCAAAGCUGCUCUGGACAUCAGCAUCAAGUCGGAUGCCUCUGAUGAGCUUGUGGAGUUUGAGAUGGGUGCCCCGGCCGGUAGCAGCACAGAAGCGCUGAUCUCCGCCGUGAUGGCGGGAAGGAGCAUCUCCCCAUGGCUGGCUCGGCGAACCAGUCCUGCCAAUUCCUCUGGAGACUCAGCCAUUGCCAGCUGCCAUGAGGGGGGUAGCAGCUGCGGGAAGGAAGACCCAGAGCCCAAGGCCGACGGCCCCGAUGACAUUUCUUCGCAGCCCCUGUGGGCUGGAGAUGUGGGCUUUGGGCCUUUGCACAUCAAGGAAGAGCAGAUUUCGCCACCUCAGUAUGGAGGCAGCGAGCUACCCUCUGCCAAGGACAGCACAGUGCAGAACUCCUUCUCAGAGCAGGGUGCUGGGGAUGGCUGGCAGCCCACAGGCCGCAGGAAGAAUCGGAAAAACAAAGAGACUGUCCGGCACAUCACGCAGCAGGUGGAGGAUGACAGCCGGGCCAGCUCCCCAGGGUGCCCUUUUCUCCCAACGCCAGGUUGGCCCUUCAGCAGCCGAGACCCGAGUACGGACAUGACUGUGGGAGAAGCUAGCAGCUCUGACAGCCGCGGGGAGAGGCCAGAGCUCUACACACAGGUGGAUGAGGGCCUCCUGGGGGGAGAAGCUGGCUUCCUGGGCCCACCCCUCACCCUGGAGAAGGACGAUGCACUGCACCAGGCGACCGCCGUGGCCAACCUGCGUGCAGCACUCAUGAGCAAGAACAGCCUGCUGUCCCUCAAGGCCGACGUGCUGGGGGACGAUGGCCCUCUACUUUUCGAGUACCUGCCCAAAGGUGCCCACUCACUGUCCCUGAACGAGUUCACGGUGAUCAGGAAGAAGUUCAAGUGCCCCUACUGCAGCUUCUCGGCCAUGCACCAGUGCAUCCUGAAGCGGCACAUGCGCUCCCACACCGGGGAGCGGCCUUACCCCUGUGAAAUCUGCGGGAAGAAGUUCACACGGCGCGAGCACAUGAAGCGCCACACGCUGGUCCACAGCAAGGACAAGAAGUACGUGUGCAAGGUGUGCAGUCGUGUGUUCAUGUCUGCUGCAAGCGUGGGCAUCAGGCACGGCUCUCGGCGCCACGGCGUGUGUGCAGACUGCGCUGGCCGUGGUGUGGCCGGGCCUCAGGACCAUGGAGGUGGGGGUGGCGAGGGCUCCCCGGAGGCACUGUUCCCGGGCGAUGGGCCCUUCCUGGAGGACCCCGAGGAUGCACGUGGCGAGGGCGAGGAGCUGGGUGAGGACGGUGAGGGCCCAGCCCAGGAGGACACGCUGCUUGGGGACAGGGAUGAGGAGGAUUCACCGCGGCCCCACAGCCCCUCAGGGGCCGACAAGGACUUCACCUGGAUCUCCUAGACCCACCCCACAGUCUGCCUGCGUGCAUCUCUCCAUGGGUCUCCACUCUGGGGCCACACUUGACCCCUCAUGGCCCUCCUCUGGGGUCCCCCGUGGGCUAAGAAACCAGCCCUGUGGGAUAAGAAGCAGGUUGGACCUGGUGCAAGCGGAACCUGGGGGGCCACAGCGCAGCAAGCUUGGUAGUGGCUUUGAGCACAGUGGUGCAGGGGCAAGGCCACAGCAGGUGCAUGUGGGGCUCCCCGGGGCCUGGCUCAGGAGCCACAGUGGCCCAUGGCUAGGUCACGAAUGUGGCCGAGUCCAGGGGUCUGGGCAGGUGUCUGGCCUACCCUCGCCCUCCCCUGGGCCCAGCCUGGCCCCCUUCCUUCAGCAGCCAGGUCACUGCUGUGGCUGCAGCAGCUGUAGAAUCCAGGUGUGGUGUGCACAGAAAGCCGUGACCCUCUUUCCUCUGAGCUCUGGUGCUUACACAGUAGAGGCUGCCUUCCUCGCUGGAGGCUGAGGGCUCCAGGUGCUAUAUCUUUGGGCGAUGAGGCCAGCCUAGGGGCUGACUGGCCCCUGUGCGCCCCCUUCAGGCCAUGGCUCUGUGGUGUGCACGUCCUGGGAGCCCCUGGGGCUGCCCUGUCCAUGCCCACAGGCCCUGCUGCUCCUUGUAGGGGGGGAGGGCAGGAUCUCCUGCCCUUGUUGCUGCUAGCGCUGGAGGUGGGGUGUCCUAACUGCAGUCUGCUGCUUACACCUCCCCGCGCGGUAACCAAAUUUCUAAGUAGUCAGAGACAUAUCGAGGUAGUUACAUAAAAUUAUUUUGUUUGGCAUUAUUUUUCUCACUUGACAAUACUAUAUGGGUUGAUUUUCCUUUAGCAUGUGUUUAAGUCCUCUUGCUGUAUUUCUCAAGGGGCUCACGUGUUCUCUCCUUCUGAGUGAAAAGCAAAGGUCCUGUCUGGGGUACCCUGGCUCUGAGGGCUGGGAGACCCUAUCCAGCCGUUAGUCUGACUGUUUUUGACUGCUCUUCACUGCUGAGAUGUCCGUCUCCCACCGCCUCCUUCCUGCGCACUGCCGUGUAGUGCUCCCCAGGUGAGAGGUAGAUGCCGCUGACCCCCCCAACCUGUGCAAAGUCUCCCUGGAGUGCUGAGGAUUGGCACUAACCAGAGAGUUUCUAUUUUCUCCUUUUCUGGACUGUAAGCCAGAACGGCUUUUGCCAACGGUCAGGCAGAGUGAGUGUCCUGGACCCCAGGCCCUGAGCCCCAGCCUCCCCUUCUACAGCUCGGAGAGUGCCAGGCUGGCCCCGUGGGCACUCAGGGACCCCGCAGUCUUUGGGUUCUGUGCCACGGGGAGAAGGCAGCUUUUGUUUUUUUAAAUCGGCCACUGUUUCUACUAAUCCCAACAAGGUGCUGCAGCUGCACAUACACUUCCCUCAGCCAGAACGGGUUGCCACAUGCCUCGAGGCUGAGGCCAGAGUUUUUGGAGAAAGAGAGCCAAAACUUGUCCACACAUGGAGUGUGGGCACAGGUGCCCGGGAAGCUCUGGGCCUCUCUUCUCCCUGCCCUGGAUCUUCCUGCAGCGGGUGGGCCCUGGGGCAUGCUCCCCAGUGGGACAACACAGCCAAGUCCCUGUCCACCAAGGAAGUACCAAGCUGACCUCCUAACCUAGGCCAGCUUGAUCAGGCCUGAGAAGACUCUCAGAACUUUGGACUUCUCCCUCACUUCUCAAAUCCCUUUUCUAAACAGACUUUCUUAUACAAUGCAUUUGGAAACCAGACCUUUGCUACCAAUAGGUGUCUCUGGGUUUUGUACCAGUUGCCACCUCUCAGGCCAUCCACCCAGUACCCCCGCCCCCAGCCCACCUCCCACCAAGGGCGCCUUCGCCUCCACACUCAGGAUGUCCUACUCCCUCCCUAUCUGGACCGCCUUUGCUGACCUUUUGGGGGAUCCCGGUUGGUGCCACAGGGGCGUUUUCUUCCUUAAACCAACACUGUAUAAGACCAGGGGUCCUCUUCCCACCCCUAGUUCCCUGCGUGGCUGUGGCAGCUCAUCACGCUCACUUGCGGUUUGCCAACUGGAGAAUGUGGGGUUUGAAAGACCCCGGUGAACAUGUCCAUCUCAGGAGGCAUAGAGGGAAAAGACAGGCGUAAUGAAGGUUUUUUUUUUUUUUUUUUAACAUGACUGAUUUUUUUUUUAUCGAUGUUCAAACUAAUAAAUAUUUUUUUAUGAAGAGGAAAAAUAUGUAGAUUACAUUUCACAUUUUGUAUUUUUUGUGUGUGUCUAUUUGUAUUUUGGUGUUUGCAACACCAAGUGAAAGUACAGUCCCUUGGGGGUGGUGUUACUUCGGGGUGGGAAGGGAAACCAUAUGAUUUUUGUACUAAGCUCUGGAUCCUGACCAGGUUGUGUAUUUGAACUCUGGGUUUUAGGAAACAGAACACUGCCAGGACUAUGUAGGGACCUGACUCAGACACAGCUUACCGCUUCCAACUUUGCACAUCUUCCUUUUUAAAAAAUUGAGAAAAUGCAAAAACUGGAACUUUUUGCAAUAUUAUGAAAGAUAAUCUUAUUUUAGCUCAUUCUGUGACAUGUGCAACUCUUAAGAAAGCCAUACUUAAUGGUUGUUUUUUAUGUUUUAGAUCCUAUACUGUUUUGUAUGCAGCCCUUUUAGAACUACUUGUAGUGAGGGUGCUCUGUGUGUGCUUUUCCGAAAUAUUUAUUUUUUCAACAUGUUUUCAACCUGUCAACAAAAGCAAAACA